AUGAAGGACGUGCAGUCCCCCGCUCCAAGCAAGCUGUCGAAGAUGGCGAUUAGUGGAUUCCGCGUGUUUUACCGUGCUUCUGAUACUUCGAGCGAAUAUGGAGGUAUUUUCACCUAUGGAGGCCUUGACGACGUAAACUGCGGUGAAGUGAUUGCGUACGAGAAGCUCACACGAGCGCCAUAUUGGCAAUUCCAUGUAAAUGAAGGCAUUCAGCGCGGGGGAUAUCUCACCAUUGGAAAGGGAUGGGAAGUGACUUCUGACGCUGGCACGUCGUUUCUAGGCAUUCCAGAAGCACUUGUCGAACAAUGGACUAGCCAGACCUCACUUUGCCCUGACUAUUUCGUCGAAUACUUCGGGGUAUAUCGAAUUCGUUGCUCGGCGAAGGCUACAUUCAAUUUCACUAUCGGCGACCAUGUCUACACUCUGGAAACGGAAAAUCUUGUUGUGAAAUACGAUGGUGACAUCUGUGCACUGGCGAUUUUCCCGAUACGCUCCGGCGGCUUUGGCCCUCAAUGGAUUCUCGGCGAUCCCGUUCAUACGCCAAUACUGCAACAUCUAUGA